CACAACUUUUUUGAUUGAUUAAUACAGAACAGCCGUGCAAUGUUUUAGUAGUUAGGAAAUUUGAAAUACAGUUAGAAUAGUUUUAAAUUUAGAUGUAGGUUUGAAUUUAUGGUUUUUUUAAAUAUUCUCUUAAUGAUAUGUAAGUAAAUUAUAUACAAGCAAAUAUAUAAUACAGUUCAUUAAUAAAAUAAUUUAAGAUAAGUUCUUAAACAAAAAUGUCGUGGUUUAAAAGUAUUGACGAGUUACUUUAUUCCGAUUAUAGAACGCGAGAUUGGCCUAUGAUGUCAACAACAGCAUAUCCUACAUUAAUAAGUUUAGUCUAUGUAUUUUUUAUCAAGGUUAUAGGUCCAAAAUACAUGACAAAUAAGAAACCAUAUAAGUUAAGGAAAAUCUUGAUGGUUUAUAACAUAGGACAAAUACUUGCCUGUACCUAUUUGAGCAUAUCGUUUUUGAAGACAAACCCUAAAUUUGGAUGUGACCCAUUAGAUCUCUCAAAUGAUCCAAUGUCAAUACAUAUUGCUAGCUUAGUUUGGUGGACAAAACUAUUAAAAUUAACUGAAUACAUUGAAACUGUAUUUUUUGUUUUGAGAAAAAAGCAAAAUCAAAUUUCAGCUCUUCAUAUUUACCACCAUGUGAGUACAUACAUGAUAAUAUGGAUGUCUACUAGAAUAAAUCCAGGUGGCGUAGUACGGAUUCCUGUGAUAUUAAAUUGUUUUGUUCAUAUGAUGAUGUAUUUUUAUUAUUUACUGUCAUCAUUAGGACCUAAGAUCCAAAAGAAAAUUGAGUUUUACAAGAAGUAUAUAACAAUUAUACAAAUGGUACAAUUUUGUAUUAUAAUCGUCAACAGUUUAUUUUUCUUUGCUCCUGACUGCAAUGUACCUAAUAUAUACGGAUAUGUUUUCAUACCUAAUGUGUUCCUGGUGUUUUAUAUGUUUUAUGACUUUUAUAAUAAUGCAUACUCUGAAAAAGGAGCUCAUGAUAUUAAAAACCGCAAGCAAAAAUAAAAUUUUAAAUUUAAAUUAAAAAAAAGAA